AUGGAAUUCGCGUCUUCUUCAUUCGAUGUGCUCAUCAACUUUACCGGCGAAGACAUCCGUAGGAAGUUCGUUUCUCAUCUCGAUUCUGCCCUCUCAGCUGCUGGAUUGACCACUUUCCUUCACGGGGAGAAUCUAGUCAAAUCCAUACAGCUACAAGAUCUAACACAACCAAAAGAAUUGUGUCGGGUAGCGAUAGUUGUUUUCACCGAAACCUAUGCUGAAUCUGCUUGGUGUCUUCAUGAGCUUCAACAAAUCAUUAGAUGGCAUGAAACUUAUUGCCGGCAUGUUCUGCCCGUAUUUUACGGAAUUAAGCCUUCUGAUGUACGUCUUCAGAAAGGUGAUUUUGGAAAAUCCUUGAAAGAAACUGCACAAGAAACAUUUUCAGAGCAACAAGUGGAACAUGCCUUAUCCAGGUGGAGCAGCGCACUCACCAAAGCAGCAAAUUUCUUUGGAUGGGAUGAGAGCAAUUACAGGAGUGAUGCUGAACUAGUGAACAAAAUUGUUAAGAGCGUUCUUAAUUUACCAAUCUUGACUGCUACCAAAUUUCCAGUUGGCUUACAGUCCCAUGUGGAAAAACUGAUUCGAUAUAUUAAAAAUACACAAGUCACUACUAUAAUAGGGAUAUGGGGAAUGAGAGGAGUGGGUAAAGCCACCGUUGCCAAAGCCGUCUACAACCAAAUUCAUGGUACAUUCAUAUACUAUGUUACAGAGAUACUAAAUGGCUGUGGACUACAUGCUGAUAUUGGAAUAACAGUUCUCAUAGAGCGUAGUCUCAUAAAAGUUGAUAAGAACAACAAACUAAGAAUGCAUCCUUUGCUGCAAGACAUGGGUAGAGAGAUUAUUCUUAGAAGUUCAACUACGGAACGUGAGAAGCGCAACCGACAGUUUGCUGAUGAUGUAAAAUGUGUAGUGACAAAGAAUAAUGGAACAGAAGCUAUUGAAGGAUUGGCUCUGAAGUCACCAUUAUCAGUCGGAUCUAGGUUGAAAAUUUUUGCUUUGCAGAAAAAACCGAUAUUGAGACUGUCGGAUAUUGACUCUCUACUACUGAGUAGAGACUAUCCGAACCUUUCUAAGCAACUGAGAUGGAUCUUUCUUCUAGGGUUUCCUUUAAAAUUUAUUCAUAAAAACUGUGAUAUGGAAGGUGUAAUUGCGAUUCAUUUCAAAUGCAGUAAUCUUAGACGACUCUGGAACGAACCACCGGUUUUAGGGUGGCUAAAGUUCCUCAAUCUAAGCCACUCCAAGUACUUGACAGAAACAUCUGACUUUUCAGGACUACCAAGUCUUGAAAAGCUCAUUCUCAAAGAUUGUCCAAGUUUGUGCAAGGUACACCAAUCCAUAGGAGAUCUCUGCAAUCUACUACUCAUGAAUUUGAAGGACUGUAUAAGUCUUAGCAAUCUCCCCAAAGAGGUAUAUAAGUUGAAAUCUUUAAAAACUCUCAUCCUUUCUGGUUGUUCCAAGAUUGAAAUUUUGGAAGAAGAUAUAAUGCAGAUGGAAUCCUUGAUAACACUAAUUGCUGAAAAUAAAGCAGUGAAACAAGUGCCCUUCUCAAUUGUAAGCUCAAAAUGCAUUGGAUAUAUAUCCUUACGUGGAUUUGAAGGAUUGUCACACAAUAUUUUUCCUUCUAUCAUUCGGUCUUGGAUGUCACCAACAAUGAAUCCCCUAUCUUAUAUUAGUCCGUUUUGCAUGGAUAUGGAGCAUAAUAAUUUGGGAGACCUUGUGCCAUUGUUUAGCAACCUUGCAAAUCUUCGAAGUAUUUCUGUUCAAUGUGACGCGGAGCUUCAACUAUCUAAGCAAGUAAAAACAAUUCUUGUCGAUUACAGAGUAAAUUUUACAGAAUUAAGGAUUUCAAAGCAUCACUUGAGGUUUUCUUUGAUUGCUGUUGGACGAUGCAAUGAAUUCUUCUACUCUCUCAAUGAUAGCAUAUAUAAGGCAUUCUCAAGGAGUGAAUCUUGUGAUCUUUGUCUGCCAGGUGACAACCACCCUUAUUGGUUAGCCCAUGGGAGUGAGGGAAAUUCAAUUUAUUUCACUAUGCCUCAGGACUGUGACGUAAAAGGAAUGGCUUUGUCUGUUGUUUAUUUGUCAACCCCUGAGACCAUGGCAACUGAAAGUCUUACAAGUGUCUUAAUUGUUAACUACACAAAGUGCACAUUCCAGAUACAUAAGCAUGGUACAGGAAUUUCCUUCAAUGAUAAAGAUUGGGAGGGCAUAAUAUCAAAUUUAGGUUCUGGAGACAAGGUGGAGAUUUUUGUGACUCUGCCUCAUGGAUUGGUGGCUAAGAACACAGCUGUGUAUCUGAUAUAUGGUGUACCAGUGAAACAAGUGAUAUAUGGAGAAAACAAAUGCCCUACAUAUAUAUAUUCAUGA